UGCAGAAUUUCUACGUCAGAUGAAUUGUCAUGAAUAAUUGCUUGUAUAAUUUCUAUCGAUGCUUAGUUUGCAAACCAUCUAAGUUUAGAAAUAUGUGGUGGAAAACAGCUAUCUCAAGUUCAAUGACUCGCGUAAACAGUCUUAGCAGAUCCAGGAAAGUAAUUCUUGCACUCUUUGUUGUGUUGGUGUUCCUGUAUUACAUUGGCCCAAGAAUUUUUGGAUAUGGGACAAAGAAACAUGUGAUUCAUGCUAAUGUGGGAAAAUGUCUAGCUGCAAAGUUGUCGAGGUUCCAAGACAACAUUGACAAUUUUGAUGCCAUGACAAACUAUGUUCCACAAGUAUUGGCACAGAAAAACUACCCUACCUAUGUUGGCAACGGUUAUCUAGCAGUAAGCUUUGACAGCCAGAAUGGACUAUACAUCCGUCUGAAUCGAGCCCUUUCUUUACCAGUGCCGUAUUACCCAGUGGUCAACUCAUACAUUGAUAAUACUAGCAAAGAGGAAGUUGAUGUACUACAGAUCAGAGAUGGUAUAGCAAAUAGAAUUCAAAUAUUUAACACAAGGUCAGGAUGUAUAACUGCGGAGUCAGAGAUGUACGCCCACCGGUCCCGGCCCUCCCUUCUGGUACAGGACCUCCGUCUUCACAACCCGACACGCAGCGAAGUGGCCUUAGGUUUAGACCAGAUAUUAGCCUCUGGAUGGAAGGAUGCAAAAACAUCCUCAGAAAGUGCAGUGAACACAAUUGGUACAUCAGUUAGCUACACUCUUACUUGGGGACUGAUCAAGAUCGACGCUCUGGCCGAAGACUUGUUGUACGUCGGAGUGGCUAUCGCAUCGACGAACAUUAAAGACAAGACCUUGGUUCUCGAAGCCUCAAAGUUUGAAAAGAUACAAAUACUAACCACAAUUCAAUACACGAAGGCAGGACCACUAGACACCGUCCAGGGUCAGAUGACAGAUCUCCAGAAUGCCUGCAAACAGGAAUUGGAAGCAGCCCUUAAAAUUGACUCAGAGACUUUGAGAAGUGAACAUGUGGGUAUAUGGAGAAAGCUGUGGCAGAGUGGUUUUAGCAUCAGCUAUUCCCUGGCUGCUGAUGCCCUGAAUGGCGACAAGAUAAACAGCACCAUAUACUAUGUUCUCAGUAACGUCCCCGCCCCGUUACACGACCCAAAAACCAACCCAGAGGUUGCCUUGGAUUUGAAGAAAACCCUUCACUACCCAGAUCAGUGUUAUAAGGAGCAUACCUCACUUCAUUCAGGCACUCUGUGGGCUGAUGCCUAUGAUGAAGACAGUAUUGCCAGAAUUGUGACCACAUGGAUCAUAACACUGGAGAAACAGGGCUGUCUGCGGAUGAUCUCAGCAGGAGUGGAAGGCGUACUUCAAGCCAUGUUGUUAAGUAUUGGCUCGCUGCAUUUCGGAGAUGACCAUCUUGAAAUGAGGCUUCACCCAAAGGAUACACAUCGAGACUUCAACUUCCAUCGCAUAAACUAUGGCAACAACACACACAUGAAUAUUUCUGUCCUUGUUGGGGAGAACAAUAAAGCGAACAUUUUUGUGUCCCUGGACAGGAAUGAUAAGCCUUAUUAUGCAUGUGACGCAGGGUGCUUGGACCCUCCUGUGCCUCUCAGCAAUUCCUUUUCCAAGUUCCCUGUAAAGUUGACGGAGCCUCUCACUGCGAUACUGUAUGUGACGGCUGACAAAAUCCAUAUGGAGGAGCUCAAGCAUGCAAUACACGUCAAGGAGAUUGCAGAAGCACCAGCCCACGAGCACCAUGUGAUAGCUCUACAUAAACAUGGGCACCACUUUGGCGGAUUGCCCACUAUAUUCUGGGUCUCCAUAGCAUUCCUUAUCACUGUCUUCCAUUUAUUCCUAUUUAAACUCAUCUACAACGAGUAUUGCCAAGCGCAGGAUCGAUACUCUAGAUCUCGAUAUAAUUUAUAGCGGAAAGUGUGAAGUGCGAGUUCUUGAGAGCUUCAGGCGUUUUAAGCUCGUCUGAAUUUUUGAGAACAAAAUGCGGAAAAGUGGUUUUCAAAAUUAUAUUGAAGUUUUGAGGGGGUUUUGUUUUUAAAAUCAGACGUGCCUCAGGAACUCCUAACAAGUGCUUGUGGUGAAGCUUUCUUGUGAUUGUGUUAUAAAGGUGGAUCUGUGAUUUUAAGCAAUAUUCCAGAUCUCAGUAGUAUUUCUGGAUUUGAACAUGUGUUAGAACAUAUACAUGUUUUAAGCAUUACUUAGAAUGUGAUGUGACUUAUUUUGAUCAGAAUAUCUUCUGUUUGUAUGUGGCAGGGAACAAAGCCAUGUGGUACAUGUAUUCCAAGUAUUGUGCGUUUCGAAAAAGUGUGUUAAACUGUUUAAUUAACAUGCAAUGUGUGUGUGUUUUAUUUCCUUGGGUGAUUUAUGUGGAUAUGGAAUCUCCAUCUUUUCUACAGGUUCAUGUAGCUGGAAGAAGCUCGCAGUGGAUAAUUAAAUGUUUUUAUGCAAAGUUCAAAGUUUAUUGUGCAAAGGCCUCCGCUUGGGAGACUAGAAAACGGACUGUUCAUGUUAAUUGUUAGAUGAUUUUAAAGUUAUCUAAAAUCGCAGUAGCAUAUUUAAAAAAAAAAAAAAUUCAAUAUUUUUUUACAUAUUCGGUAUCAUAAUUUUUAGUAAGGAAUUAUAAGAUUUUUUUUUGAUUUUUUAAAAAAAUGAUUGAGUUUGAAAAUCCGGUGCCAGUGAUUGCACUGUUUGAAAACCAAAGUUCAGCAGGAACAAAUUUUAUUUGAAAAAUCUGCGAGGAUAGGAUGAUAAUUUUAAGCAAACUGUGUAGGAAAAUUUGGGGUGUUGAGAGGUGAGGAAAAGGAUGAUCAGUUUAAGUAAACUGUGUAGGACAUGGGCAAACAAAUUCAGUAAUAUUAAUAAAAUCUGUAUUUUAGUUUAUGUAUAACGUUUCAAAACCCACUUUUAUAAUGACAUUUCAUUAGUUAAACAUCCUUUUUUGAAAGCAUAGCUCUGGUGGUUUUCAGUUUAGCUUUUCCUCUACAGAAUUUUUUUGUACCUGUAGCAGAUUUCAUAGACCUAGAGGCUUGCAUAUGGGUGUUUUUAUGCUUGUCUGAUGAACUCUUUCAAAAUAUUAUGUUUUUUUUUCUCUCAUUUAAGCCCAUUUCAAGUGAAUGCACAUAGUGCUGGGAAGAAAAAUUGAUGACAUUAUAUCCAGUGUGGCUUCAUUUGGCAAAAACCUGGCACAAUUUUCACAUUAAAUAUCAACUCAAUUUUGCUGAAUGAUAAGCAUGACAUAUAAAGAAAAGGUUUCUGUGUAAGAUAAGAUUAUAUUUCACCUUGUGAACACCAAAGAAAACUAUACUUUUCGGAGCCAAAUCAGUGAAAUAUAUAGCUAUCUUACACUGCAACAAGCAAUAAUUGUUUUCCUCUCUAUGUAAACAUUUGAUAUUAUACAAAAGCUAUUUGUUUGAAUUUUGCCCAAGUCUUGCAGGUUUUUGGCAGAAAAAGAAUUGUAUUCUAGUACCUAGUACGUGGGAAGGCAGGAAAGGCUGAAUGUACAGGGUAAGACGGAGAAAGUUGAAUAAACAGGGAAAGUUGAAUGUUCAGGGGCAGACAAGGAAAACUAAAUGUACAGGGAAAAAAUGAGAAAGAUGAAUGUACAGGGGCAGACAAGGAAACAUGUACAGGGAAAAACAGAGAAAGAUGAAUGUACAGGGAAAGAAUGGGAAAGUUUUAUGUACAGGUAAAGUUGGGGUUACCUGAAUGUACAGGGAAAGACAGGGCAUGUUGAAUGUACAGAGCAAAUUGAAUGAACAGUGAAAUUUUGGGAAAGCUCAAUGUAAAGGAAAUGCUGAAUGUAGGGGUAAAAAGGGGGAAAUUGAAUGUACAGUGAACAACUCAAAAAACUGAAUGUACAGGGAAAGACAGGGAUAGCUGAAUGUACAGGGAAAGACAGGGAAAGCGGAAUGUACAGAGAAAAUUGAAUGUACAGGGAAAUUUUGGGAAAGCUCAAUAUAAAGGAAAUGCUGAAUGUAGGGGGAAAAAGGGGGAAAUUGAAUGUACAGGGAACAACUUGUAAAAAUUAAUGUACAGGGAAAGACGGAUAGCUGAAUGUUCAGUGAAAGCGGAAUGUACAAGGAAAGACUUGGAAAGCUGAGGGAUGUACAGGGGAUUUCAAGGAAGCAAGCUAUGUGACUAUUGUUCAUUUAUCCAUACAUUUGUGUGCAUAUAGUUUGUUGGUAAUGUAGUAGUGUAGUUUGUGGGUGAUGUAAAAUGGGGUUUUAUUAGUACUUAGUUAAGAAUACUUUUAGAGGCAUUGUUUUUGCAAGUUUAGUAAGUUGUGUGCCAUGCAACCCUUGUUAAAGGAAACCAAAACGGUGUCAUACUUGUACAUUUCCUGAUUGAGUAUUGCCAUUUUACACAAUCCUAUUUCCAGGUAUGUACAUAUUAAGAUUUUGUUAUAUCAACACCAAGGGAUUAUUAUUGUACUGUCAAUAAAACCAGUUUUAUUAUUUACCAUGUUUUUGAGAGUACGUUGAAAGACUGAUUUGUAAUGAAAAAAUAUUAUGUUACAUCUAAAUAAAAAGUUUUGAAGUUAGUAAAUUAUAUUUUUAGAAAAAAAAUAUGGUUAAACGUUCAAAUUAGCAUUAAAUUGUUUCCAGAAUGUUGAUAUUUAUUGAAAGAAAGACCAUAGUUUUUACACAGUUUAAAUCUGUAGAAACAGAAUGAAGAAUAGUAAAUAUUUUUAACUGCAAUUGUGUAAAACAUGUAGGCAGUUGACCAAUUUAGUGUUUGAAAUAAUAUUUUGUUUACUGGCCCAGCCUCUAUUUAAAUUUAAUGAUUCACCUGAUUUAAAUCACUUACAGCUAAGAGAUGAUUUACCAAUAUUUACAGUGUAUGGCAGAUAAAAAAAUUACUGCUGCACUUUUGGACAAAAUAUAGUUUUGAACACUAAAGUAUGUAAAUUUUGUUUCAUUUGUACAUAUGGGUAUUGUUGCUCAAAUGUUUGUCUGUUAAUUUAUUUAUUAAUGUAUGCAUUAGGAUCGAUUCAUGACUUUCUGUACGUAUCUGAUCUAAUUUCAUAGUAUGAUUGCUUUGGAAGACAAAAUUGUUAAUGUUUUGCCAUUGCAUUGCAUUGUCUUGAAAUAGCUUUUAUUUUGCCUCGUAUAACUUGAAAUCUGUUUCGGAUAUCAUACCAUCAAACCUUCAGUUUAUCUCUUGAAUAUGUCCUUUGACUUCAGUGGCCAUGAUGAUGAACAGUCAAGUCUGAGUUCAGACUUAAGCGGCAAAAAUGUCCUAGUUACUUUCUUUCUAGUUGAGUUUCCAAGAAGACAUUUGCUGAGUUGUAGAAAUAUUCACAUUUAUUUUUGUAAAAUGAAUGAAAUGAAGAUUCUUUUUUUAAUUAAUGAAAAAAAUAAUUUUUUAAGAAAUAUACUUUUUUGUUAGUUGAAAUUAAAGUGACACUCUUUAUUCAAAAUCAAUAUACACAUGUUUAACAAACAGAAGUUUUGAGUGCUAAACCUUUAACUACUUCUUAAAUUAUGCAUUUAUGGAAAAUAUAAAUUACUGGUUACAAGAUUGUAACUGUAUAUUUUACACCUGAAAACACACAAAUAUUAAAUGAUUGGUGAAUGCUAAAAGAUUUAGUGCGAUCUUCUAUGGUCUCAUAAGGUAGAAAUACCGUGUUUUCUGCACCUUUCUUUCAAGUUAAGCUUGGUAUCCUUCAUAAGAAGUUUUGUUUUUUACAUUUAUUCAUUCUUUUUGGUGUAUUAAAACAAUUGUAUUAAUUGUGGUGAAUCUUAUUUGGGAGUAAGAGUGCAUCUUUAAAGAAAACUAACAAUGUUUUUCACCAAUGUUAAAGAUUCAAGAUGCAUUUCAGAUAUUAACAUCGAGAUUAUUUCUAUUUAAUUUAUAUUUAUUUACCGUUAUAUUAUUUUUGACACAAAGUACUAUUAGGAUGUAUUAAAGGGAGGUAAUGAAACAAAAUGUUACUAUGAUAUAUAGCAACUUUAUUAAAAAAAUUGUCAAAAUAACAUAAUCUUGCCAUUAUAGAGCGCAGACAGACCUUUGUAAAUUCAUCAACAAUAGCAAUUUUUUGCAAUAAUGAUGGGUUGAUUGCAUUAAAGCUGCACUCUCACAGACUGUUUUUAUUUUUUUUGUUUUUUGUCUUGGAAUGAACCAAUGUUUGUGUAAAUAUCUGAAAACCUAUGAGAUAAUACUUGUGAAAAAAUAUCAGAUUGCUUUUUUUUAAUAUUUACAUUCAAUUUUUUUUUCCUAAUUUAAGCUUUACUAACGCUUUAAGAAAAAUGAGUGUUUCGGCAUAAAACAUCAAUUUUCAGACGUAAAUAUUAAAAACUGUGAUUUGAUCCUUUGUCAGCAGUCUUUUAUAAAUGGUUCUCAGUUAUUUAUGCAAAAAUUUGCUCAUUCUAAGACAAAACUAAAAGUGAAAAAAAGUUGUCAAAACAAUCCAUCUGUGAGAUUGCAGCUUCAAUAUAUGCUUAGGAACCUCCUUAUCAAUGAGCGUACAAUAACAUAUCGCAAGAUCAAGAACAGUUAAACAUUAAAUGUGUGUGACAAACUAAAUUAAACAUUCUACUUCCAAAAUCAUAUAAGCAUUGCCUUCAUUGACCAUAAAAGCUAUUAGCUUCAAAUAUACAGUAUUAGUACAACUACUCAGAAAUAAUGAAUUGAAAAAGGGGUCAUAAAAUAUGUGCUUUAAUAAUAUGGCCCUUAAUUCUUUACUGUUUUGAUCACUGAAAUCCAGGUGAUGCUGAAAUUUCCAUUACUGUGUGAAAUUAUCAUGUAUAUUACAUGUUUUAUAAAUGAAUAACAACAUUUGUUAUGUGUUUUAAGUAUGGUGCAUGUUUUAAGAGACGCUGAGUAAGCGAAGCGAUCGAGCCUUUUUAAAUUCUUUUAAACUGUACACAAGGUAUUCUAAAUUACUUAAGACUAUAACAUGUUUUUACCAUUGAAUGACCUAAAUUCUAACGUUGUAUAUUUAAAUCUUAACAAUUAAGUACGGUUCUUUUUAAAGGAUGACAGGCAAUUUCAUUGGUUAGAAAUGUUGGUUGUAAUCGAAUAUACUGUUUAAUAUCUUAAUGAUUAAGAAAGGCAGAGCUACCAAAGGGAUCAAGCCAUUCUGAAUCAUAAAGAUAUUACACAAUAUUCAUCAACUGAUUAUGACUUGUUUUCACCAAGUGAUAAUCAAAUUAUUCACAUUUGUUAAGUUGUUAAACUGUAACUCUAAACAAUUACACACGAUACCUAUUGAAUGCCAAUAGGCGGUUUCAUUGACUGGAAAUAUAAGUUAUAAUCUAAAUUUAUGUUCUUUGAAUUUCUUCACAAAUUUGUUAUAAUUUUUCUUGUCUAUGAUGCGGUAUCAUGGUUUUGAUAUCUUGUCUAAGAUGUGGUAUUAUUUCAUAUUAUGUCUAUGAUGUGGUUUCAUUUUUUUGAUAUCUUGUCUGUGAUGUGGUAUCACAUUUUCGUUAUCUUGUCUAUGAUGUGAUAUCAUGUUUUUGAUAUUGUCUAUGAUGCAAUAUCACAGUUUUGAUAUCUUGUCUAUGAUGCGAUGUCAUGUUUUUGAUAUCUUGUCAAUGGUGUGGUAUCAUGUUUUUGAUAUCUUGUCAAUGGUGUGGUAUCAUGUUUUUGAUAUCUUGUCAAUGGUGUGGUAUCAUGUUUUUGAUAUCUUGUCUAUGAUGCAAUAUCAAAGUUUUGAUAUCUUGUCUAUUAUGUGAUAUCACAUUUUUGAUAUCUUGUCUUUGAUGUGGUAUCAUGUUUUUGAUAUCAGAUCAAUAUUUGUUUUGUUUAUGAAUAUAUUUAUGAAUAUUCCUUAGCAACUUGGAAAAUAAUAAAUAACCCU